UAGUUUUCUAUUUCUACCCCUAGAGAAAUCAAGUUCAUCAUGACGCAUUUCCCUCCUCGCCAUUAUCCAGACGCUGUGUCACCGUGUGAAAAGAUGCGUGACAUAUUCGUUGAUUACAGCAAUAUGGGCGGCACCGAAUUUUAUGAAGAUUCGUCAUCAUGGCAAAGCCAAAAGUCGCGUCAGGUUGAGAGGCUUCGUGCAAAGACACCAUCACUGCCCCUUAUCCCACCAAAUGAGGUUCCUUUCCCCUUUCGUGACAUUUGUAGUGAUGAGAUCCGAGCAUUCAGAAGACAGCUACACAGAGAUGUUGAUUAUGGCAAGAGGGUCGAAAAGAUUAAUAAGAGCAAUCGUGAUAAAGAGUCCUUUCGCAUUGCAAAUUCAGUUGAUAUUGAGAAAGAACUGGAUUCUCGUGGUAUUGAUGCUUUCGUUAGGAAGUAUUGGAAGAACAGAGGAAAACCUAGUCAUCGAUUCUUGACAGUAUUUGAGCUGAUCAAAUCGAAGUCGUUCUUAAAGGCCAAGUAUUUUCCACGAGUGAAUUCUCAAUAUUGUGGUGGCUGUUUAGGGUAUACCCCUUCAAGCAAUGGAAAUGACACUGGGACAGUAUUCUAUCCAUCCGGGCCAGAACUAACGCAUUUAACUGUUAGAAAUAUGUCGAUCCUUCAAGAUUCCUGCAAAGCGGGCCCUGUUUUACAUGAUGAGGAUCUGAAGUCUCCAUUGUGUGGAAUGCUAACUUCACGGUGCCAGGGAAGAGAUUUCCUUUGUUUACGUAGUGCUCAUGAGUGCAUGUUUUACGAAGUUGAACGUGAGGAUGAUGGAAUCAAACUCGUAGAAGUUGCUGGUGGCUUGACGGAGGAACGCUUCUCAUCAGUUGUCCCAAGCCCAUACAUACCUGGUGAAGCCCUUGUUGCCACAAGUGAAAGAAAAGUGUCCCUGAUGAAUGACCAGAAGAGCGUAUCUGUGAUAGAAUACCAUGCUCCUCGGUUCACAUGCAAUGAUCCUUGGUUACAAGCUUACUACGGGACAACACCAAGGUCAUUUGUUCUUACGGAUAGGACGUCAGUCCAGAUGGCUGACAUGAGGUGCUCAAAGUCUAAGAGUUUGGACAUAUUUGCUCUGCCGUUCUCCAAAGUGUACACCAAGGAGAGAAUAAUGGUAUCAUCUCCCUGUGCGAAGACAUUCUACCAUUUAGUUGCCACCGACUACACUCUGAUGCUGAUGGACGAACGCUUCCCACAAGUACCGGUGAUGUUGUGGCGCCCAAGUGUUCGCACGCCCCCACAGUAUUUACAAUUUAUCCCGAACAUCACUCAAGACCAACAAGAAGACCUCAUCAUCGUGGGUUGCCAGGAUGCGAGAGAUGUGCUCUGUUAUCCUGUCACCCUCGGUAAUAGUGAGCGACCCCUGCCACAUGGACUCGGUCCACCCUGGAGACUCUCUUGCAUAGAUGAUUUCGCCCAGUUUCCUGGUGUUCGUGGAUGUGGUGCAAACACUGUUGCCCUUGAUCACCGACUAACUAAGACGUCAAUCAUAGGAGUGCGUGGGAUACCUUUCAAUAAUCUAGAGGGCUUCACCGCAUUACAGUUAUCUGCUUGUGGAGACCUGUUCUAUCAGAACUACCGCCCUGGCCAUCCAGGUGAUGAACGCACGUGUGGUGCAGGCCCUGGUAGUAUUGACAUCAAGUUGGCUCCGGAGGUGCGGACCUCUUGUCAGCAGUGGUCAUCCCAGCUCCAAGAACUUAAUGACAGGACUGCGGAGACACGAACUGAGAAUAUUCCACAUAGAGAAAUUGAUGUCACAGAUAUGUUUACAGCCAUCAACAAGAACGCCUAUCCCCACCUCGGUUGUUUUCUGUGUACCCAGGCAGCAAGUAAAAGACCAGAAGCUGAUGUUAUGGUUACUGAAGAUGACUACUGUUUGGCCUGUGGGCUAGACUUAAAGAUCACCAAACCAUUGCAGGAUUAUUCUGAAAAGGGCAAUGCUAGUCUGAUGAACAUGAGGGAAUUCGAUCAGAAGCUAUAUGACAGUGUUGUUGGCUUGGAUGUGGAAAAGUUUACCGAUCCGUACAGUCAGCUGCUGCUCAAGCAGUGGAACGAAGAUGAUGAGAUACAGGAUCAUCUCAAAGAAAGGGACAAACUGACAGUGGAAUUGAAGAAGAACAGAAUGGAAGAAAAAAAGCGACAAAAACUGGCUGAAAAUAAAAAUGCGGAAUUUAAACUCCCACUAAGCCCUCUUGCAUCCCGUCAACUUGCAUCUCCCAGAAGUGUGGCCAGUCGUGUAUCAGGGACUCCAGAAUCAUGUGGAAGUAUAGCCAGUCAUGUCUCCGGGGCCCCUGUAAAUCCAGGAAGUGUAGCAAGUCAUGUUUCAAGGACUUCUGUCUCUCGGGGACUAGCUAGUCGUGCUUCUAGAACUCCUGGUUCAGAUUCCAUAAGCAGUAAUCGGAGUGUGCGUAGUAACGGGAGUAGUCAAAAGUCCUAUGCCAGUGGCACACAACGGAAAAAGAGGAUUGGAACAUUCCAGAGGAUGAGUUUUCAGUUAGAGAACAGUAUGAAGGGUUUGUUAGAGUACGACAAAUCUCCGAAGAGGAAACAGGAACGAAUCGCCGGGUUUGAUUCUUUGCAACAAUCUCCACGUCGCUGUAGGAGAUCACGGUCAUCUGACGCUGUGUCAGUGAUGAGUAAUAUGUCAUUGUCGUCUUCGAAUUUCGUUGGAACGGCUCAGGGGAUUGAGAGCAGUAUCAAACGUAUCAUUGAUUAUGAGUCGGACGCUGGAGAUGAAUGCUCAGCUAAGAAUCGUGACAUUCAAAACUGGGUGUCUGCUAUUGAUGCCAGCAGUAGUUUUGAUUCGAGUCAAAAGGGGGCGACAAUUAUUCAGUCUGGACAGACCACCUCAAGGCAUAUCCUAGGGGAUGAAUUUGUAUCACCUGCAUGUGGGACACUCAAGUUAGAUCAUUCACCUCCGGCAGGAGACCCUUCUCAUAAAGACAGGCAUGACGAGUUUUGCAAAGUUGGGGAGUCAUUUGACAACUUGAGCAUUGGUUCUGCAAUGCUUUCCUCACUAGCGGAAUCGGACAUACAUGAAAGUAUUUCCCAGCCACGAACGUUAUGUGACCAACCAUCGGAAAAUAUUAACGACCCGAUGGAUUCCGUUGAUCCUGAUAUGUUGACAUUCAGUCAGGCCACUGAGAUGAACAUGUUCUCACAGUCCUCCAGUACAUCCGUAAAAACGACGCCAAAAUCUGCUAAUAAAGGAAAGAAAAAAGCUCUUAUUUCUGGAUUCUGAAUACUUCCAAAGUUUUGUCUUAAUUAAAGAGUUGAUGAGGUGUCCAUGCUAGACAUUUUGUAAUUGAACAGUUGUGCUCGGUGCAAAGACACCAUGUAAUUGAACAAUUUGAUAAGGUUUCCAGAAAUCAUGUAAGUGAACAAUUUAUAUGAUGCAUAACACAGUGUAAUUGAAGAAUCUGAAAGGUGAAUAGUCACAAUGUUAUUGAACAGUUUUUUGUAAGGUGCAUAAACAGAGCAAAAUUGAACAAUUUUGUAAGGUGCAUACAAUAAGUAAAUAAAUACAAUGUAAUUGGACAAUUUCAUAAGGUGCAUAAAAAGGUUUUCUGCCACUAUGUCCUUAUAGAAUUCGAUAAGGUGCCUGGACACCAUGUAAUUGAACACUUCAUAUUAAGGUACCUUGACAACAAGUACAUGUACCAGUUCCCAGUCCCAACUUUGAAUAACAAUGGGUAAAAACAUGCAAGCAAUUUAUUUACUGGAAACCAUUUAAGUUACAUGUAUAUUUUUUGUACACCAUGAAAGUUAUAGGUGGCAGGAUAUGAUUCUCAGGCGUUUUGUACAAUGUGCCA